AUGUGUGUCGAACGACUAGAGCAGAUUCUCAGGGAAAGGGAGCCUCCGUGCACCCCAACCCCGAGAUAUGAGUGGCCUACUAAGCUCUUAAUGCGUCCGCAGUCCCAAGCCGUUGAAGUGAAGAUGGUGAAGCUACAAGAGAAGCCGAAACCGUUGGAUAUGGCACUCAAGUCCAUCGGGAAUUCAGCGGUCGUCAUGAACACGCCGCGAGAGGCCCCGAAGAACCUGAGACUCGUCCCGGGCCCUCCAGAAGUCAAGACCCUGGAUCCAGAGUGUGUUGCUAAUGUCGCGGAUAAUGAUCCGGUUCCUGAACCGCCAGUGGAAAUCCAGCCACAGACGAACUGCUCGACACCGGUCCAAAGACUGGAAGCAGAAUAUGCUAGGGUGAUGCGAGUCUCUGCUGAAGAGCCGGAUCUGGAACCUGCCUUACGAGACCAACUUAUCAUGCUCCCCGCAAUUGAGGAACUGACCCCAGAAUGUAACAUCGACGAAGCUAAUGUCGGAGUUCCGGGGGUCACAACUCUAGAGAUGGAAGCAAAGAUGAGAAACGCCAUCUUGUUAAAAGCGGAGCUCAUUGAGCAUUCAGAGUCCGAGUGGUCAUCCCCUAAUGUGAUUGUGCUGAAGAAAAACGGCAUAGACAUCCGGAUGUGUAUUGACUACCGACUCCUGAAUUUGCUCAUAAAGCUAUCCCGCUAUCCUCUACCUUUGAUCGAUGAUCUGCUGGUAGAUUUCAAAUCCGCGAUGUGGUUUAUGAGUCUCGACAUGGCAAGUGGAUUCUGGGCGUUGCGUAUGACUGACCGUGCGAGGUUGAUCUCUGCAUUCGUCUGUCCGUUCGGCCCCUUUCAAUGGCUCAGAAUGACUUUUCGAUUGAAGAAUGCAACAUUAAUUUAUCAGAGCAUUAUCAACAACUGCCUGUGGUGA